UAUGUCUAUGAAUAUGUGUAUAGCUCACUGUCUAUGACCAAGAGAACUUCCAAGGCAAGCGCAUGGAGUUCACCUCAGCCUGUCAGAACAUCAUGGAAUGUGGCAUGGACAAUAUCCGCUCUCUGAAGGUGGAGUGUGGCGCCUGGGUGGGCUAUGAACACUCCAGUUUCUGUGGGCAGCAGUUCGUCUUGGAAAAAGGUGACUACCCUCGCUGGGAGUCUUGGAGCGGCAGCAAUGCCUACCACAUUGAGAGGCUAAUGUCCUUCCGGCCAAUAUGCUCUGCUAACCACAAGGAGUCAAAGAUUACCGUUUUUGAGCAGGAGAACUUUAUUGGACACCAGUGGGAGAUAACCGAUGACUACCCCUCUCUCCAGUCCAUGGGCUGGCCCUCCAACGAGAUCGGAUCAAUGCAGGUGCAAAGUGGGGCCUGGGUUUGUUACCAGUACCCCGGUUACCGUGGUUACCAGUACAUCAUGGAGUGUGACCACCAUGGUGGCAAGUACAAACACUACAGGGAGUGGGGCUCCCACGCUCAGACCUUCCAGGUGCAGUCCCUCCGCCGGGUUCAGCAGUGAUGGCAGCUCGCCCAGCUCCCUUAUUCCCUCCCCCACCUCCUACUCUUCCUCCUCCACCUCUUCCUCACCUCCACCCCUUCAUUUCGAUACCAGCAAGCCCGGCACAGGCUGAACGUCUGGUGCAUUUGGUAGAUGUUAACAGCAUUUUCUUCUUUCUGCGUGCCAUCGAUUUGAAAGAAGAGUGAGAGGAAGAACUCAAGCAGACUGUGAGCGGCACAGUUGUGUGACUUAAGCUUUGCUCCUCAUUGCUGUCAUGAUGCAGUCUGUGCAAAAGAGAUCAAUAAAGGAACACUUAUGGGAACUA